CCUCUCAAGACAGAACAUACGACUUUCAUUUUUGCUUCUCUCUCCUUCGCUUAGAAACUAGAGAGACUUUCUCUCUCUAGAAAGUUGAUUUUUUUGUUUUGUUCUUCCUAGAUUAGAUUUUUUGCACCGAUUUCACGCUCUGCUUUAUCAAUCACACACAGAUUUGCCGUGACUUCCAAGGAAGAACAACAACAACAAGAUCAUUCAAAUUCAAUCACGGUUUCUUCUCAGGUUUGAAACAAACAAACACAAACUUGAAACUGUUCUAGUUUUGGAACAUAACUUAGAUCUAAUCUUGUUAACUUCAGCAUCCAUGGUGGUUCAGCUUUUGAUUUUGGAAGAUUGAUUAUUCAUGGCAAAAGGGUCACUGUUGUUUUUGCUGUUUCUCUCUGUUUCUACUCUGUUUCUCUCUGUUUCUGGAAUAGACGUUGAAUAUGCACACUGCAACUGCGAUGACGAUGAAGGGUUUUGGAGCAUACAGAGCCUCCUUGUUUCCCAAAAAGUCAGCGAUUUUUUCAUCGCCAUUGCAUAUUUCUCAAUACCACUUGAGCUGCUUUACUUUGUUAGCUACUCUAAUGUUCCAUUCAAAUUGGUUUUUCUUCAGUUUGUUGCCUUUAUAGUACUUUGCGGUUUGACCCAUUUGCUCAAUGCCUAUACCUAUUAUGGCCCUCAUUCCUUUCAGAUGUUUCUCUCACUCACAGUUGCUAAAUUCUUCACUGCUCUUGUUUCUUGUGCUACUGCAAUCACCUUUCCUACCCUGAUUCCCCUGCUUCUGAAGAUCAAGAUUAGGGAAUUGUUUUUGAGGCAGAAUGUGUUGGAAUUGGGACAAGAGGUUGGGAUGAUGAAGAAGCAAAAGGAAGCUAGCUGGCAUGUUAGGAUGCUCACUCGCGAGAUUAGGAAGUCUUUGGAUAAACAUACUAUAUUGUACACUACUUUGGUUGAGCUUUCUAAGGCAUUGGAGUUGCACAAUUGUGCAGUUUGGAUGCCUGAUGAGGACAGGCGAGUGAUGCAUUUGACUCAUGAGCUGAAACCGAGCUCGGCUAAGAAUUUUCUUGAUUCUAUCCCUGUGAAUGAUUUGGAUGUGUUGGAGAUUAGAAAGAGCAAAGGGGUGCGGAUUUUGAGGCCUGAUUCUGCAUUGGGAGCUGCAAGUAAUGGUGGGUCUGGGGACUCUGGUAAUGGUGGAGCUGUGGCGGCCAUUCGGAUGCCGAUACUUCAUGUUUCGAAUUUCAAAGGAGGGACGCCGGAGUUCAUUGAGACAUCUUAUGCUAUUCUGGUUUUGGUUCUUCCAGAUUCAAACUCCAGGGCUUGGACCCCCCAUGAGAUGGAGUUGGUGGAAGUGGUGGCUGACCAAGUGGCUGUAGCACUAUCUCAUGCAUCUGUUCUUGAAGAGUCUCAGCUAAUGAGUCAGAAACUCGCGGAGCAGAACCGUGCUUUGCAACAGGCUCAGAAGAAUGCAAUGAUGGCUAGCUUGGCAAGGAGCUCAUUUGAGAAAGUGAUGAGCCAUGGAAUGAGGAGACCUAUGCAUUCAAUUCUGGGAUUGCUUUCAAUGUUUCAGGAGGAUAAUAUAAGACCUGAGCAGAAGAUUAUCAUUGACACAAUGUUGAAAGUUAGCAAUUCUCUGUCGCGUUUGAUUAAUGAUGUGAUGGAGAUUUCAGCAAAUGACAAAGGAAGCUUUCGGUUAGAGAUGAAGCCUUUCCAUCUGCAUUACAUGUUGAGGGAAGCCUCUUGCAUUGCCAAGUGUUUGUGUGUGUAUAAAGGCUUUGGCCUUGAAAUUGAUGUUCAGAGGUCUUUGCCUGAUCUUGUAAUAGGUGAUGAGGCAAGGUCUUUUCAAGUAAUUUUGCAUAUGGUUGGAUAUUUAUUAAACUUGUAUGACAGAGGGACUCUCAUUUUUCAAGUUUUUCUGGAGAGUGAUAAUGGGGAUAAGGAUGAUAGAAGUCUUGGAAUAUGGAGAUCAAGCGUGCAAAAUGAUUACGCGUAUGUAAAAUUUAAUUUACAGAUAACUGGUAAUAGUUCCCAUACAGAUGAAUCAAGUUUAACAAGAAACCAUGCUGGUAAGAGGCUCAGCAACAUUGAAUCUAAGGAGGGCCUGAGCUUCAGCAUGUGCAAAACACUAGUGCAGAUGAUGCAAGGUAAUAUCUUGGUUUCACCAAACUCUCACGGUUUAGCACAAGGGAUGACACUUCUUCUCAGGUUUCAGAUAGGAUCAGCACAUGGAAGAUUCAUUCUUCCUCCUAAAGAUUUUUCAAACACACAGUUUAGAGGGCUUAAGGUCGUGUUAGCCGAUGAUGACAACGUAAACAGGACUGUGACUAAGAAGCUGCUUGAGAAACUGGGUUGUCAAGUAACUGCUGUUUCAUCAGGUCUUGAAUGUCUUGCUGCUAUAAGUGCUGCCGGUAACUCAUUCAAGAUCAUCCUGUUGGAUCUUCACAUGCCUGAAAUGGAUGGUUUUGAAGUUGCAAGAAGGAUACGGAAGUUUCAGAGCAGAAACUGGCCCUUGAUCAUUGCUCUUACAGCAAGUGCAGAAGAACACAUAAAGGAAAGAUGCCUUCAGGUGGGAAUGAAUGGAUUGAUUCGAAAGCCUAUUCUCCUGCAUGAGAUAGCAGAUGAACUUAGAACGGUUCUGCUACGUGCAGGUGAAAAGUUGUGAACAAUGUUAAGCAAGCAUCUCAAAUUUCUUAGGUUCUUCAAAAUUUACUUCUUGAUUCUGACAUAGAACCUGGAAUUUCUAACAUAUAUACUAGGUUCAUUUUGCUAACAAUUUUUCUUUUUGAUCUUUUAGCCGUAUACUGAAUUGUGGGUUUCUACCAGGUGUACGGUACUUCUUGCCACCACUUAACAGAUGAAUACAUGAUUCUAAAAAUGCAUUUUAUUUCUUUUGGAUUA